AUGCCCCUGCGCCUCCGUCUGGGCUGCGCGCUCCCGAGACGCUGCUUCCGCUUCGCUCUGCUCCCAGGCCCGGGCUCGGGAUACCCCGACCCUCCGCGGCUCCUCCAGCCUGGCUGCAGCGGGGGCACGCGAUCGCGUUCCAGGAUCCAGCCCCCAAAUCUGCGCGGGGCGGAGCGGUGGGCGCUGACCGUGUUGGGGGUCCACGGCGGUGGGAAUGAGGGCGGCGCGCAGGGCAGUUUCCACCCGGGCCGUUUCCUCCACCCCCAGCCCCUUCUGGCCAACGCUGACGUCUCCUUCAAGCUGAUCCUCACUGAGCAGCAGAACCAUGCCAAGGAGCUGGUGUGUGCAGAGGAACUGAGCCGCUGGGGCGCACUGGUGGUCAUGUCUGGAGAUGGUCUGAUCCACGAGGUGGUGAAUGGGCUCAUGGAACGGCCUGACUGGGAGACUGCUAUUUGGAAGCCCCUGUGUAGCCUUCCAGGAGGCUCUGGCAAUGCACUAGCAGCUUCCUUGAACUACUAUGCUGGGUAUGAGCAGGUGACUAAUGAAGACCUCCUGACCAACUGCACGUUGCUGUUGUGUCGCCGGCACCUGUCACCCAUGAAUCUUCUGUCGAUGCACACUGCCUCUGGACUGCACCUCUACUCCGGGCUCAGUCUGGCCAGGGGCUUCAUUGCUGAUGUGGAUCUGGAGAGUGAGAAGUACCGGCGCCUUGGGGAGAUGCGCUUCACGUUGGGCACCUUCUUUUGCCUCGCAGCCCUACGCAUCUACCAGGGUCAACUGGCCUACCUUCCUGUAGGAAGCACCAUCUCUAAGAAGCCUGCCUCUCCCCCACUGAUGCACAAUGGCCCUGUGGACACAUACCUCAUUCCCCUGGAUGAGCCAGUGCCCUCCCACUGGACUGUGGUGCCCUACCAGGACUUCGUGCUGGUGCUGGUACUGCUACACACCCAUCUGAGCCCCGAGAUGUUUGCAGCACCCAUGGGCCGCUGUGCGGCUGGCGUUAUGCAUCUGUUCUAUGUGCGUGCGGGGGUAUCGAGGGCCAUGCUGUUGCGCCUCUUCCUGGCCAUGCAAAAGGGCAAGCACAUGGAAUGUGACUGCCCCUACUUGGUGCAUGUACCCGUGGUCGCCUUCCGCUUGGAGCCCAAGAACCAGAGGGGUGCGUUUUCUGUGGAUGGGGAGUUGAUGAUGUGUGAGGCUGUGCAGGGCCAGGUACACCCUGACUGUUUCUGGAUGGUCAGUGGCAGUAGAGAUGUCCCACCCAGCUGGGAGACCCAGCAAAGGCCAACCUCCAGAGAAACCUUUAUGACCUGGCCCCCUGUGCCUCUGUCUACUGUCUAGACUGAGAUGGGCAACCUCCCUUCAUUCCCUGGGAUGGGAGGGUCUGUCCAUUGUUCACAUGGAGGUGGUGGGACCCCUCUAUAGAGUGCAGGCAGGUGGGGCUGUGCUUCGAGAAGACAAGCUCUGUUCUCCAAAGGCCAGAAUGAGACCCUGGGCAGGAGUGCUGGCUGGGCCAGUUGCCUGUGGAAGACCCCUCCAAUUGUUGUAGAAAUCCCUCAAGAAUCAAAUUCAA